GAGGUGAGAAUAUAAAAAGGCAGUGCAACAGUCUACAUUGUCAGAAUCAGGGAGGAGGAUGAGUAGGACUCCACUGUGGCUUCUGGCUUCGCUGGCCUUUGCCUCUGUCACCUCACUGGUUGAUGGAUCUCCACUGAAGGUGAUGUCUGCCCCCAACUUGCUGCGCGUAGGAACGGCAGAAAAUGUCUUUGUGGAGUGUCAAGACUGCGAAGGAGAAGACAUCAGGGUCGAAAUCAACGUGAUGAACCAUCCAACCAAGAACAAAAGGCUGGCAACCACAUCUGUGACGCUUACCAGUGCAGAACACUUCCAGGCACUGGUACAAAUAAAGAUCCCUGCUGGAGACUUCAGCAAGGACGCCAACAUGAAGCAGUACGUCUACCUACAAGCUCAGUUCCCCGACCGCCUGCUGGAGAAAGUCGUCUUGGUGUCCUUCCAGUCUGGCUACAUCUUCAUCCAGACUGACAAGACCCUCUACACCCCAAACAGUAAAGUUCAUUUCAGAAUGUUUGCAGUGACGCCCCGCAUGGAGCCGGUGGAGAGGGACGAGGAAAUUGAAAGCGACGCUUCCAUUGCCAUUGAGUUUGUGACUCCUGAAGGCCUCGUUUUACCUCUGGAUCCAGUCUCUCUGAGUUCAGGGAUCCACUCUGGAUAUUACCAACUCGAUGAAAUUAUCAGCCCUGGACUUUGGAAAGUUGUGGCUAAGUUCUGCAGUACCCCACAGGAGAGCUUUUCUGCAAAGUUCGAGGUCAAAGAAUAUGGUGGUGAGAUGGUGGAGGCAGAGUUGAGAGGUAUCCAGAUUGUCACAUCACCCUUAGUCACAUCACCCUACACCAUCCACUUCAAGAGAACGCCCACAUUUUUCAAACCGGGAAUGACCUUCGAUGUUGCGAUUGAAGUCACAAAUCCAGAUGAAACUCCGGCACAAGGUGUUGCAGUGGUGGUGAAUCCAGGUGAGGUGGAGGGUUUAACUGCAGCCAAUGGCUAUGUAAAGCUUACAGUCAACACAGUGGGCGGACUUCCAAGACUGAUGAUCAAUGCCAAGACCAACGAUCCUCGUAUUUCACCUGAGAGACAAGCAGAAGCCAACAUGGUAGCUGUCCCAUACAACACUAAAAGCCAAAACUACAUCCACAUAGGUGUGUAUACAGCAGAGGUGGAAUUAGGAAACAAUCUGAAAUUCACCCUCAGUCUAAAACAGCAGUCAAAUCAAGCCAUUGACAUCACAUACCUGAUCCUGAGCAGGGGUCAGUUGAUCAAACAUGGCCGUUACAGGACAAGAGGCCAAGUGUUGAUUUUCCUGAUGGUUCCCAUCACCAAAGACCUGCUGCCAUCAUUCCGCAUCAUAGCCUAUUAUCAUCUAACUGACAAUGAGGUGGUGUCAGACUCCGUGUGGGUGGAUGUCAAGGACUCCUGCAUGGGUUCGCUGGAGCUGGAAUCUUCGAGACUUGCUCCGUCCUACGAGCCUCGCAGGAUUUUUUCUCUGAAGGUCACCGGAGAUCCAGAGGCCACGGUGGGACUGGUAGCAGUGGACAAAGUUCAGAAAAACAAGCACCGCCUCACCCAGAAAAAGGUGUGGGACAUUGUAGAGAAAUACGACACAGGCUGCACACCCGGCGGAGGGAAGGACAGUAUGAGUGUGUUCUACGAUGCCGGCCUGUUGUUCAAGUCCGGGAAUGCCUCGGGGACUCCCUACAGAACAGAGAGGAAAUGUCCGGUCCCCACCAGGAGGAAACAAUCUCCCACUAUAAUGCCCGUCACGACCAGCUUAGUGAGUCAUUAUGACAAUGAACUGCAGCAUGGCAUGAGGGAGACCUCCCUGUCAUACACUUGUCAGACGCACAGUGAGUGCAUCUCGGACGGUGCAUCCUGUGCUGAGGCUUUCCUGCACUGCUGCACAGAGGUGGAGAACCUGCGAGACUUGGCUCACAGUGAGGACGAUGACGACAGUUACAUGGACAGCAAUGAAAUUGUUUCUCGCACCAGGUUCCCUGAGAGUUGGCUGUGGUCAGACAUCAAACUGCGUCCUUGCCCGCGACAAACACCGGACUGUUCCACAUCCUUUAUGAAGAUGCUUCCUUUGCAAGACUCAAUCACAACCUGGCAGUUCACUGGCAUCAGUCUGUCAAGAACCCACGGAAUCUGCAUUGGCGAACCAUUGGACGUGAUUGUCCGGAAGGACUUCUUCAUUGAUCUCAGACUGCCCUACUCUGCUGUCCGUGGAGAGCAGCUGGAAGUUAAGGCGAUCCUCCACAACUACAGCCCUGAUGUUAUCACAGUGCGUGUGUAUCUGAUUGAGGAGGAGCAUGUGUGCAGCGCGGCUUCUAAACACGCAAGGUAUCGUCAGGAGGUCAGAGUCGGGGGACAAACCACACGAUCUGUCCCCUUCGUCAUCAUUCCCAUGAAGGAAGGAAAAUUCAGCAUUGAGGUCAAAGCAGCUGUUAAAGACUCAACACUCUCUGAUGGAGUCAUGAAGAUGCUGCAGGUGGUGCCAGAAGGUGUUCUGGUUAAACAACAACAGAUUAUAACACUAGACCCCUCUAACAAAGGUGUCGGAGGUACACAAGUGGAAAUUAUCAACAGUGAAAUCCCAAAGAAAUAUUUGGUUCCAAACACACUUACUACCACACAGAUUUCUGUGACAGGGAGGGGAAAAAUUGCUCCAAUGGUAGAGAACGCAAUUAGUGGGCAGUCGAUGGGUAGCCUUAUCUACCAGCCGGCAGGCUGCGGAGAGCAGAACAUGAUCCACAUGACCUUACCCGUUAUUGCAGCCACUUAUUUGGACAAAACCAACCAGUGGGAGGCUGUGGGCUUUGAGAAACGAAACAAAGCCCUCCAGCAUAUCCAGACCGGCUACAAGAACGAGCUUGCCUACCGUAAAGCUGAUGGCUCUUUUGCUGUGUGGGCCCAUCACAAAAGUAGCUCCUGGCUGACAGCGUACGUUACCAAGGUGUUCGCCAUGGUCAACGGUCUGAUGGUAGUGAAUACCAACUUGAUCUGUGACGCUGUGAAGUACCUGAUUCUCAACGCGCAGCAAUACGACGGCGUGUUCAGAGAAGUCGGAAAUGUGAACGACGGAGAAAUGAUGGGUGAUGUGCGUGGCUCCGAAUCAGAAGCCUCCAUGACGGCCUUCAUCCUCAUCGCCAUGCAGGAGUCACGGACUCUAUGUGCUGCCACUGUUAGUAGUCUUCCAGGCAGUGUAGGCAAAGCGGUGCAGUACCUGGAGAGGCGUUUGGACAGCCUCACCAACCCAUAUGCUGUUGCCAUGACAUCGUACGCCUUGGCCAACGAAGGCAAACUGAACCGAGAAGUCCUCUUCAAGUUCGCUUCUCCAGAGCUGUCCCACUGGCCUGUACCUAAGGGACAUAUUUACACACUGGAGGCCACAGCUUACGCUCUUCUGGCUCUGGUCAAGGUCGGGGCCUUCGAAGAAGCCCGACCUAUUGUGAGAUGGUUCAACCAACAGCAGAAGGUGGGCGGAGGAUUUGGAUCAACUCAGGCUACCAUUAUAGUGUACCAGGCUGUAGCAGAGUACUGGGCCAGUGCUAAAGAACCAGAGUACGAUCUGUAUGUGGAUAUCUUGUUGCCGGGCAAGUCAAAGCCUACGAAGUUUUACUUCAACCAGGAAAACAGCUAUGCCACAAGAAGAUCUAAAAUCAAUGAUAUAAACCAGGAUGUGAAAGUGACUGCCACAGGAUCAGGAGAAGCAACAUUGACAAUGGUGUCUAUGUAUUAUGCUCUACCUAAAGAGAAGGAGAGCGACUGUCAGAAGUUCAACAUGUCAGUGCAGCUCAUCCCAGAAAAAAUGGAUGCCGAUGAGAAGAUAUACAAGCUGAAAAUAGAGGUUUUAUAUAAGGACAGGGAGCAAGAUGCAGGCAUGUCAGUCUUGGAUAUCGGUUUGCUGACUGGCUUUACCGUCAACACUAAUGACUUGGACUUAUUGUCUAAAGGACAUGUCCGCAAUAUUUCAAAAUAUGAGAUGAACACUGUCCUGUCAGAAAGAGGCUCACUGAUCAUCUACCUGGACAAGGUAAGACGUAAGCCUUUCUUCCCCCUUUCACCUUUUUCUCUAGACUGCUCUGUCUCUACAUCACAUUUGCUUUAAAUUUCUCUGCAGGUUUCUCACACACGACCAGAGGAGAUCACAUUUAGGAUUCACCAGAAGAUGAAAGUGGGCAUCUUACAGCCAGCCACUGUUUCUGUCUAUGAAUAUUAUGACCAAAGACAUUGUGUGAAAUUCUAUCAUCCAGAGAGGAAAGCUGGACAGCUACUGAGGCUCUGCAGAAAUGAUGAGCGCAAAUGUGCCGAAGAGAACUGCAGUAUGCAGAAGAAGGGCAAGAUCAGCAAUGAUCUGCGGAUAGAAAUAUCUUGUGAGACUACUCCUACCAGCAAAAUAGAUUUCGUGUACAAAGUGAGACUGGAGAAUUUCACAGAGGGUUUGUCUACUGACAUUUGCACAAUGAGGAUAUUGGAAGUGAUCAAAGAAGGAAGUUUCGAUGUGGGUUCUCAGGGGAAACAGCGCACAUUCCUGAGUUCUCCACACUGCAGGGAGUCUUUAGAUCUGGGCAAAGACAAAAUGUACCUCAUCAUGGGCACGUCAAAAGAUAUUCACAGAGACGAACAACAUCAAUCGUACCAGUACGUGCUCGGGGAAAGAACCUGGAUCGAGUACUGGCCCACAGAAGCCAAGUGUCAAGUCGAGGAGCACAGACCAACGUGUUUGGGCUUGGAGGAGAUGGUCCAGCUGUACGAGCUCUUUGUAUGUUAGCAGUAGCGUAACACAAGAGAAAACGCUUUCUUGUUUAAAUCAUUUUUAUUUGCUGCUAUAAGAUGUGUCUUUUUUCAAUCAAACUCUGUAAUCUGCUGUGAUGUGGAAUUUAAGACAACUCACACACUAUGAAUCAAUUAAUAUUUGCAGCAGUAAUAACAGACAUUUUUACUGGAACUGAAAUGCUGUGCUUCUACUGGCUAAAUUGGUUAACAAGAAAAUCUGGUCAAACAAAUACUGUGAAUAAAAAUGCAAAGGGAAUGUGA